GCGGAGUUCUCAGAGGCAACGACAGGCAGCGCACCACGACUUGAAUAAUCGAUCGGCCUUCGAUUCUCGAGCAGACACGAUAACGAUCGAUCCCGUGCACGCAGCGCCAAAAUUCAGAGGAGUUUUACAGGCCCAAAACACAAGAGAAUCUUCUCAGCCGCCCCACCAAGAUGUCCAAGUUAUCCAAUCGCCCUGACUGGGCUGAUGACGAAGAAUUGGACGAUUCCACCAGCGGUCUCCCUCCCUCUACCACCACGACAAACAAAGAUGGCACCAAGACGGUUGUGACCUGGCGUCUCAAUGACGAGGGCAAGAAGGUCAAGACAACACGUCGGAUACGCUUUACUGUACACAAGGAGGUUGUGAACCCUCGAGUUGCCGAGCGCAAGACAUGGUCCAAGUUCGGCCUUUCUGCUAAGGAUGGGAAGGGACCUGCCGCAGACACUACUUCCAUUGGAGAAAACAUCAUAUUCAGACCUAGCACAAACUGGCGCAAGGAUGCAAAGGAGGAGAAGACCGAGGCCGGAAGCAUGAAGGACAAGUUGAAGGAUAAGAAGGUCAAGUGUCGUAUCUGUAACGGAGAGCAUUUCACAGCCAGAUGUCCCUUCAAAGACACCAUGGCGCCAGUUGGAGAGGAGGGCAGUGCGGAUGUGGCUGCUGGACUCGCGGAUGGCCCCGAGGCAGGUGGUCUUGGUGCCGUCAAGGGAUCGUAUGUGCCACCUCACAUGCGGAAUGGUGGUGCUGCUAGUGCAGGAGACAGAAUGGGUGGUGGCAAAUAUGAAAGAGAUGAUCUGGCUACGCUGCGUGUUACAAACGUCUCCGAAAUGGCGGAAGAACAGGAGCUUCGGGAUAUGUUUGAACGAUUCGGCCGUGUCACAAGAGUCUUUUUGGCGAAGGAUAGAGAGACUGGUUUGGCCAAGGGAUUCGCUUUCAUCAGUUUCCAAGAAAGAUCGGAUGCUGCAAAGGCGUGCGAGAAGAUGGAUGGUUACGGAUUCAAGCAUCUGAUCUUAAGAGUGGAAUUUGCCAAGAAGGCAGCUUAG